AAUAACAGAUUUGUAGCGCGUGUAGAAAGUAUCUCUACAUCCAACUAACCGAGAAUGCCCAUAAAAGUGAACGCUUGUCCUCUGCUAGUGAUUCUGGAUUUAUUAAGUGAAAGCUGGGGGUGCAGGAUAUAAACAUUUUGGAUACAAAUCAUCACUCAGUCUUGUCAUCAAUUUCUUAGCAAUAUUUUUGGAUUCUCACUUUUUCGUGGAGGGACAGGGCACGCUGAGGUUGAAGGCUGAAGAGAACAUCUAUCCCAAACCUCAAUUUGAAACCAAGAGCCAAAAACAGGUACAUAUGGGGUGCGGGGAGGCUUCAGCAAGAGGCUCAGCCAUGGAGGGGGACUGCCUCGGUUGCAUCAAGUACCUCAUGUUCAUCUUCAACUUCUUUAUCUUUUUAGGUGGCUCCUUUCUGUUGGGGGUGGGGGUGUGGGUGCUGGUGGACCCAAUGGGAUUUAGGGAGAUAGUUGCGGCCAACCCUCUGCUCUUCACGGGGGUCUACGUCAUCCUGGCCAUGGGGGGCAUGCUCUUCCUGCUGGGAUUCCUGGGCUGCUGCGGAGCCAUCCGGGAGAACAAGUGUCUGCUGCUCUUUUUCUUCUUGCUCAUUCUCAUCAUAUUCCUGGCAGAGCUGGCGGCGGCCAUUUUGGCCUUCAUAUUCCGGGAGCAUCUGACGAGGGAGUACUUCACCCGGGAGCUGAAACGCCACUACCAAGGUCACAACAACACUGAAGUCUUCACCUCCACAUGGAACGCCAUAAUGUCCACGUUUGACUGCUGUGGGGUGAAUAGCCCUGAGGACUUUGAGGAAAGCCUCUUUAGACUGCUCAACCCCAACAAGAUGGUUCCUGAGGCCUGUUGCCAGAGAAACAGUCACCCUGGAGAUGUAGAGUACAUCAGCAGAGAGGAGUGUGUGAGUGGGAGCAUGGCGUUUCGCCACAACAAGGGUUGUUAUUCUGCAGUGGUGGAUUAUUUUGAGACGUACAUCUAUAUGGCAGGAGGCUUGGCCAUUGUUGUGCUGACAAUAGAACUCUUUGCUAUGGUAUUUGCCAUGUGUUUGUUCAGGGGCAUCCAGUAGCCCCUCCCCCAGACACAACAAAAUAACAACGAUGAGAGGAAUACAAAAGAGAAUGGAUAUAAAAACACGUGUAGAAUAUAAACCAGAUGUAUAUGUACAUCAUUUGUCUUUGUAUGUUUGUUUUUUUUGUGAUGUGGCGAUGAGUGACUGGGGUUUUUGGACUUUACAGCUGGACCUUGGGGUUACUGUUGAAGACACAAUAGAUAAACAGCGUCAGGUGAAAAUACAAUGUGAAUGAACUAAUGCUCGAACUGGUAAUCACCAAUGCUGGGAUUGAAUUUUUGACUAGAACUACAGCAUUAUCAACGAUUGAGUUCCAGGUUUCUAAAUGUUCAAAUACGCUGCAGCACAGUAAAAAGUCUCACAGCAGAGUCAGUUGUAAUUGCACAGUCAGUGUAUUACAACAGCUAUUUAUUUUAUUGCGUUAUUUUUUAAGAGCACUGUCAAUAAGCUUGGCUCUUGGUGCGUCUGUGUCCUCUAAAAAAUAAAGGUUUUUCACCAAACCUGUGCUACAACAAAGCAAGUUGUUCCAAAUGUCCAAAAGAACUUUGAAGCACAGCCAUUGCACUGUGUAGUAUUAUUGCAAUUCUGAAAUGUACUGUACAGAAUAUGUCAAAUAAAUAUUUGUGAGUGUGUGUGCAUGUG